AUGGCCUCCUCCUCAAUAGCCAAGAACCUCGCCCAGCUGAACUCCAUGCGGGAGAUUCACGGCGUAGUCGUCACCGCAGGGCUGAUCGACAAGACGGUCAAACACUUCGACGACCCGAAAACCUAUCUCGUCCACGACCCCGCCAACUCCCUCCGCCAGGGCGACGUCAUCGCCAUCAGCCCCGGCUGGCGCACCUCCAAGUCCAAGCGCCACGUAGUCAAACACAUCAUCGCCCCCGGCGCCGGCCUCCCCAUCUCGGCCCGCCCCCCAAUCCCCUCCGCCGAAGAGCUCGUGAGGCAAAGGGUGGUCAAGAAAGAAGCAAAGGAGGCGAGGAAGAGCCUGAAGGACGUCGCCGAAAAGACGGAGAGGUCUCUGCAGUUUGUAAAGGCGGAAGCUACCGAGGUGGAGAAGGAGCUGAAGACGCUGACGUUGAUCCUCGAGUCGAGGACGAAGAAGAAGUACGGGUGGUUGUCCAAGCAAACGCAAUGA